AUGUGGGCAGAGGGCGGGACCACUGGCAGCUCGCUCUCCGCAGAGUUUCAGGUUCGCACGCGAGAUUCUGCCUAUGUGGCAGGCGGAGAGGAUUGACGUUAGCUCGAGCAGGCCGAAAGUAGCGAGGGCGGGGGAUCAACACCGCAAACCAAAAGUUAACCGGGAGAGGUGAAUGAUUAACAACGACGAGAGUGUCCAUUCGAACCAGCCUUAUCUUACUGCCGUCUGAUCCAAUCACUCUCUUUACCUGACGCGCGACUCUCACGCGUCCCCGGACACACUCGAGUCUUCCACCGACCGGUCGCUCCUCACGGGGUCGCUCCAGAGCGAAGGCAUGCGCCGCAGCCACUCCCACACGUACUGACCUUGUUUUGAAACUUUUGGGCUGAGUGUGUGUGUGUGUGAGUGAGUGAGUGAGUGUGUGUGUGUGACAGAGAGAGAGAGAGAGAGAGAGAGAGAGAGAGAGAGAGAGAGUGUGUGUGUGUGAGAGAGAGAGUCUGUGUUUUCGUAAGAGGGAGAGAGUCUGUGUUUUCGUGAAAGGGAGAAGAGACUAGUGAGGAAAUGACCACGGAAGGGCAGGCGACGAGGCCAGACGGUCCCGUGUCGGCGCCACCGAGCCCCGUCAGUCCUCUCGCGCCUGUAGAGCCGGACGACGAGCCGCAGUCGUCGAUCACGGACGCAACGCAGGCAGGGAUUAAGUUCGCCAAAACGUUUGCGCUCAUCUUCCCUAUCUACGUCGUGGGCUAUCUCGAGCUCAGUUUCAGCUGGGUCCUGAUCGGGCUUGCGCUGCUUUUCUGGUGGCGACGGACGCAUGGACACCGGAAUACACACAUCAACCGGGCGCUGGCGUUUUUUGAGCACAAGGAAAAAGCCGUGCGGCAGAGUUUACCAUCAUCCGAGCUGCCACCGUGGGUUCAUUUCCCUGACGUGGAGAGAGUAGAAUGGCUUAACAAGACGGUGAAACAGAUGUGGCCUUUCAUCUGUCAGUUUGUUGAUAAACUUUUCCGAGAGACCAUUGAACCAGCCGUCAAAGGAGCCAACACACAUCUGAGUUCCUUCUGCUUCACCAAGAUAGACAUGGGAGACAAGCCCCUCAGGGUGAAUGGAGUGAAGGUCUACACUGAGAAUGUAGAUAAACGACAAAUCAUCAUGGACCUUCAGAUCAGUUUUGUAGGAAACACGGAGAUUGAUGUGGACAUCCAGAAGUACUACUGCAGAGCAGGCAUCAAGAGUAUACAGCUGCAUGGAGUCCUGCGGGUCGUCAUGGAGCCGUUGCUAGGAGACAUGCCUCUGAUUGGAGCUCUGUCAGUCUUCUUCCUCAAGAAGCCUCUGCUGGACAUCAACUGGACGGGGCUGACCAACAUGUUGGACAUUCCUGGUCUGAAUGAUCUGUGUGAUAACAUUAUUCAGGACAUCAUCUACAGCUACCUGGUUCUGCCCAACAAGAUCAGCAUCCCUCUAGUGGGAGAGACGCAGCUAGCAAAACUACGCUUCCCAAUGCCCAAGGGUGUGCUGCGAGUGCACUUCCUGGAGGCGCAGGACCUGGUGGGGAAGGACAAGUUCCUGGGGGGGCUGAUCAAGGGCAAGUCCGACCCCUACGGGGUCAUCCAGGUGGCCAAUCAGCUGUUCCAGAGCCGCGUCAUCAAGGAGAACGUCAACCCGCGCUGGAACGAGGUCUAUGAGGCAUUGGUGUAUGAUCACCCUGGGCAGAGUCUUGAUAUUGAGCUGUUUGACGAGGACACCGAUAAAGAUGACUUUCUUGGCAGUCUGACAAUUGAUGUGGCGGAGCUGGAGAAACAGCAGAGAGUGGAUGAGUGGUUUCAAUUGGAAGAAGUGGCUUCAGGGAAGCUACAUCUGAAGCUGGAGUGGCUUUCUCUGUUACCUGCACCAGACAAACUUGACCAGGUUCUCAGCGGUAUAAAAGCGGAGAAGGGUCAGGCUGAUGAUGGACUCUCAUCUGCUCUGCUGUUAGUGCACCUGGACUCAGCAAAACACCUGCCGGGUGUGUUUGAGGGCACAGUGGGUGUGGGCUGCCUGAAGGAGAGACGAUCGGCAGGUCUGGUGUUCUGUGAGAACACAUCCUCUCUGUACCGCAGCCUAUUUCGCAAUCCUUUAGAAUUCAAUCAUGCGGGGUUGAAGAAGACUUCUGUCAAUAAAGCACUAAAGUCAGGGAAGAAGGUGACGAGUGACCCAAGCCCCUUUGUGCAGUUCACCGUGGGACACAAGAGCUACGAGAGCAAGACGCGGUAUAAGACCAAUGAACCAGUCUGGGAGGAAGCUUUCACAUUCCUGAUACACAAUCCAAAGACACAGCAGCUGGAGGUUGAGGUGAAGGAUGAGAAGCAUGAGUGCACUCUGGGCACGCUCAGUCUUCCCGUCUCUCAGCUACUGGACGCUGACCAGAUGACCCUAAACCAGCGCUUCCCUCUCAACCAAUCAGGGCCCAGCGCCACACUCAAGAUGAAAAUGGCACUUAGGGUGCUGCGUGUUGAGAAGCUGGAUGUGUCCAAUCAGCCGUCGUCUGUUCAGAUUCGUCGCUCCAGUGUCCCGCCCACUCCCGCCACGCCCCUCCCCUCCAGCAACACACCCCCUCAGGUACACACACACCCUCCUGAGCCGGUGGUGGAGCCGGCUCCCGCACACACACACCCACACACACCGUCACACACCCCCUCGGAGCCGCCCGCAUCGCCACGGAGACUGGAGCAGGGGAGGAGUAUGUCCAGCUUGGCCAUCUCUGAUUCGCUGUCGCAGUUCAACAAGGAGCCAACCCCAUCCAUCGCUUCAGACAUCUCUGCUCCCUACGCCACCCAGGAGCUGCAGCAUCGCCUGGAGCAGCUGCACAAUGGGUCUCCUAGUUCAUUCCCUCUGGGGGAGGUUCAGCUGACGGUCAGACACAGCUCCCAAAGGAACAAACUCAUCGUGGUGGUGCAUGCCUGCAGGAACCUGAUCGCCUUCACAGACAGCGGCUCUGACCCCUAUGUGCGACUCUACCUGCUUCCAGACAAACGUCGUUCUGGAAGACGGAAAACACACACUUUCAAAAAAACACUCAACCCUGUGUACGACCAGACGUUUGAGUUCAGCGUCUCCAUUGUAGAGCUGCACAGGCGGACCCUUGAUGUGGCAGUAAAGAACGGAGGAGGAAUACUGUCCAAACACAAAGGCCUUCUGGGAAAGGUGUUGGUGGAUCUGUCCCAUGAAGUCAUCUCCAAGGGCUGGACCCAGUGGUAUGAGCUGAGUGAAGAUGGUUUGAGGAAACCCUCUCAGCUGUGAGAAUGAUACAAGAAGAAAACUACAAAUCCCAGCUGUGACGGACUACAAAUGGCCGCCCUGCUGAAGCGUUGUGUCUUAGCGCGCCUGCACAAUCUCUAUGUAUCCAAGGAGUUUUUUAUUGUUGUAACUUUUACUCGUUAUUUUACAUACAAACUUACAUCCUUUUUUAAUGUUUAUCUCCUGAUCAUUAUGCAAUGGGCCGCGUGGUACAGUGACUUUGUGUAGCAACACACGCACACAUACACACACACACACACACACACACACAGACACACACACACUAACUGCCCUGUGGUGUCUGCUACUGAAAGGGAAAUGGCUUCAUUUUGCUCACCAAAACCCAUUCAGUAAGGAAGGAGGGAGAGAGAGAAAGAGAGAAAGAGAGAGAGAGAGGGAGGAGAGAGAAAGAGAGAGAGGAGAGGAGAGAGGAGAGGGAGGCGAGAGAAAGAGAGAGAGAAAGAGAGAGAGGAGAGGAGAGAGAGAGAAGUGAGAGAGAGGAGGAGAGAGUGAGAGAGAGGAGGAGAGAGGAUGGGAGACAGAAAGGGACAAGGAGCUGAAGGGAUUCUGAACCAAAUGAAAGUAGACAGAAGUCUCUUUCUCACACAUACACACACAUACAUAGCACUGACCACACCCCCACGGUCAUGGUCACGCCCCCAUGACCACACCCACCACUCUGACCACACCUACAACACUUGCCAUGCCACCACAGACAUGGUCACACCCACAACCCUGACCACGCCUACAAUCAUGACUACGCCCACAUCACAUCCAUACGCCUGGCCACACCCACACCACUGGCCACACCCACAUCCCUUACCACGUCCAUACGCCUGGCUACACCCACAUCCCUGGCCACACCCACAUGGUCUGCCCUGGUCCCUAGCUUAGUUUACCUUCAGGGAUCCUCUUCAUGUCCCCACUGCUGGCUUCCUUCCAGUCAACAUCAACAACAUCAACAUCAACAACAUCAACGUCAACAACAUCAUUAACGUCAACAACAUCAUCAACGUCAGGUGACCUGUAGGAACUACAGAACACGUAGCCCUAAGUCCACCCACCCAAUCCAAUCCACCAGCUCUGGCCUCAGUCAGCUCUGCCCCCCAGCAGCCCUGACCCCACCCACUACACUCAACCCCGCCCUCCAGCAGCCCUGACCCCACCCACUACACUCAACCCCGCCCCAGGGGUCCCAGCUCAUGUUAAUCCUCUGGCCUGUUAGAGCUACACAUCUUAGCGUAGCUUCAUCGCUUCAACAUGACAUUACACUCAUCUGGCCUGUUAGAGCUACACAUCUUAGCUUAGCUUCAUCGCUUCAACAUGACAUUACACUCAUCUAACUGUACCAUCCCCCUUUGACUUAGCUACUCAGAACUGAACGAUAUUACCAACAUACGCCACCAUGUGUUCAUGUAACUGCAUCACACGCCACCAUACUGUAUAUCCAUAUAAGUGCAUCACACGCCACCUGCUGGUAUAUCUAUAUAACUGCAGCUGUAUAACGAUCAUGUAUCUUGUUCAAACCCAUGUAUCUGUUCAUGUAACUGUACUCUCACACGUUAUUUUGUUUAUUUGGCUUCAUCUUCAUCCACACUCACACAUGCACACACACACACACCAGUCUGCAUAUGUGUGUAGGUUGACUGUUAUAGGCCAUUAGGUCACAGUUGGAAGUUUACCUGUCUGUACUGCCACCUGAGAGGGUUUUUGAGAUGCGGUUUACACAUCACGACCAGAUCAUGGUAUCAUGCUCACAUUCCUGUGUUCUUUGUUGCAAGACUGUUCUUCACAUUGUUGUUUUUUUUUUUUUUAAAUGGAAAUAGUAUAAUUAUGUAAACAUUAUUUUCUCCUGAAAAUGCUGCACCACAUACGCUGAGUCUUGUAUUUUCCUCUGGAUGCUAGUCAGUCAGCCUAACAGAUGCGGAUGUUAGUCAGCUCAGAGAUCAGAAUGCUAGUCAUCCAUCGAAGCACACGCCACCACACACACCUGCAUGAAAGGGACAAGUACACUAUCGCUGCUGUGCCAACAACCGGGCUAAUGCUAGUUCAGCGCUGAGGCAUGUGUGGUUAGUGCUCUCUGACUUUGAGAGCUGGAGCUAAUGUUAGCGCCAUGUUAGCGUCAUGUUAGCACCAUGUUAGCGCUGUAUCUGUUCUAUGCAGAUGGCAAUGUUAACAUUAGUGCAGCAUGAUGGAUGGACACUGAUGCUAGCGUUAGCACAGUAGGUUUAUGAUAGCUGAAUACUGAUGUUACCUCAGUAAGUCUGUAAUGUAUACACACUGAUGCUAGCGUUAGCUCCAGGAAUGCUGGUGCGUUUCACCGCUACCCAUUGGUUAUCCUCUAGAGGGGAGGGGCAUGUGCUAGCCACUCCCACUAAUUGUGCCUUACACCCCACCCCCAGUCCCUGCAGGAGCUUCAGAGUGCCUCAGUUUUACCUGUCUACCAAUAAAAAGCUGUGGUUGUAGCCAUGGUAACAAACCUGUUG